AUGUCAAACAAUUCUGGGCCCAACAUCAAUUGGGAUCCGUAUAUUCAGGAUAUUACCUCUUUUUAUAUCAUACAGAACAAGACCGCUGAGGAAACAAUUCAGUAUUUGCGCGAAAACCACGGUUUACAAGUCACCCCAAGGCAGUUCAAGUACAAAUUCGGUGGGAAAAAGAACAUUGCGGAGAAAGAGUGGACGACCGGUAUCAUUCCAGCAAUUAGAAAGCGCGCCCUGGAGAACAAGGAAAGCGAUGUCUAUUUUCAUGGAGAUAAGCUUGACUCUAAACGUCUCAAGAGAGGUAUCGGCCGAUACGAUGCGGCGGUGAGCCGAGAUUUUUUGGAUCUCGACACCUCAACAGUGAUCGGACAAAAUCUCAGCGAUCGGCUCUGCAUUGCAACUCCUCCAAGCCAUUCAGCAUCGCCACUUACCAACCCUAAUCCCGAAGUACAUCAACAUGUCACGGAAGUCACCUUACUAGAGGCUCCAGCACAGAUUCUGCGCCGCAUCUCUCCCAGUUCUGUAGAGAGGGCAUUGCCUUCUAACAGCGGCCGUUCGCUCCUUCCCAACCGUGACGAUGCUCAACUUCUUGGUACACUUAUGCAGGAGUCUAUAGACCUUUCAUUUACACGGAUGAGCAGCGACGGACUAUUCGAGUCAUUCGGAGUGGACACCCUGUUGGGCGUGCCACAAUUCCUCCUCAAAUCAAAUCUGCCCUACUUCCACUUGAAGUACUCUAUCCCGCAAAGCACCAGCAGCCCUGGGGUUCCGUCAACCAAUGAAUCAUUCGAUAUACCAACGAUUACUGACCAAUCUUCAAUUGACCUUCCAUCCAUGCUUGCAAAGGUCAUUGGCUUCCCCUACAAUGGCCAGAUUGCGGAUGCCAUUCCUUCUUUUGUUACUAAGCUCCAGGCUCUGGUACCAGAACAAGGGCCCGGAGAGCUUAACACCCAAAUCCAAGCAUUCUCUGAUCCCUCCCAAAAGCCGUCCAUUUUUCAACUAUUCGAAAUUGCCGCUUACUUCUGCUCCAAUAAUAUGCUGCAAAAAUCCCAAGCGGCGACAUUCGUCGAAUGGGUAAUCAAGCACGAUCAUGCGAAGUCUCUUAUACUCUUCUUACGACUGCGCCGGGACAUGCUUACUGUGAAAGCAUUCAUUCCUAGCCUUGUAGAAGGUGGUGCCUCUAUAAAAAACCAAGAAUUUCUAAAGCAACUCCACGCCCUUGGUGCUAAAUUUGAUCAUGUUGCGGUAGAGCUCUUGGAGAUCAAUGACCCGGAGUUCCAGGCAUUCGUUUUGUCCGCCGUUGAUCCAGAAUUGCUCAAAGGAGAGUCCGGCGGUCGUGUUCUCCGAUCCGUGGCGCGUACACAAAAUGUCGAAGUGGCAGAAGUAUUAAUUCAAGCUGGGGCCAAAGUCAACGUUAGUCUAUCAGAGGAGGUGCCGACACCUGCUCUCUGGGAAGCAAUUGCAUGCGACAACUUCGAAAUGGUCAAAUGUCUAGUCAGAGCUGCAGCAGACGUGAACAAAAGUUCUUUCGCAGCAACUUACUUCGGUGCGGACAGGCCGCUGUCUCUCGCGGUGAAAAAUAAUAAUAAAAGACUCGUUGAGUAUUUGCUAGAUCAGAAUGCGGCGAUAGACGGUUUCGUGUACAGAAAGCCACUUCUUCGGUACGCGGCCGAAGAGGUUCCAGAUAUUUACAAACUUCUGCUGAAGAAAUCGGGAAGCGUGCCUGAAGUUACUAUUGAUCAUACUAUUGUUCAGUUAGUAAAAGCCGCAAAUUCAGACGCUCAAUCUUUGUUGGAAUUUCUUUCCCAACAUCCUCAAGUCUCUGAAAGAAUGCUCGAAGAAGCCAUGGUUGAGGCAUUGAGGAAGAGUGAAACCCAGGCAGUCGUCAAUUUCCUACAGCACGGGGUCGACCCCAAUGGUUCUCAUAUACCAGACUCUGAUUUACGCCCUUUGAAAGUCGCGGCCACUUUGAGGUCUCGUUCAUCUAGUCUGACAUAUACGGGCCUCUUGAUUCACGCUAAAGUAGAUGUCAAUAUCGAUGGACUUGUGAAGAGUCUUGUAUGGAAUGAGGAUUACAAUCCUGUUGUUGAAAAAUGGGUCGACGCAGGACUUGAUCUCAAAAAGUAUGGCCCUAUUGCAAUUGAAACGGCCUCGGAAGAGAGUAAUAUAGAUGCUUUGGUCCUCUUAAUUGAUAGGGGCUCGUCUGUUAAUAGCUACGGAGACAGAUUUACCCCCUUUCAAGCAGUCGCCCUGGAUGAAAGUCUUGAGUUACUGCAAUAUCUUUUCAAGAAAGGGGCCGAAGUAAACAAGCCAGCUUUUCCAGUCCGAGGGUAUACGGCCUUACAAGCUGCAGCCAAGGCUUGUUCGAUAGAGAAGAUACAAUAUCUCCUUGGUGUGGGCGCUGAAAUUAAUGCUCCUCCAGCCGUAACGGGUGGGGCAACUGCUCUUGAGGCUACAGUCCGACCAGAGGGUUGGAUCGAUGACGACUACCCUGAGGAAUGGUAUAGCGAGGAGAGUGGGCUUGUAGAGACUUUCAUUUUUCUCCUUAGAGAAGGCGCAGCAGCGAAUCGUCCAGACGGGUCAAAUAGCCCCCUGCUACACGAUAUCAUUGAACGUAAGAACACUCAUCUCCUUAAGCUAGCCCUUGAAGCGGGAGCAAAUACAACCCAUCGAUGGCGAACGCUAUCCGCAUCGUUGUGCGAGAGGACGCCGCUGCAACUUGCCGCAGAAAAGGGUCAGGUGGACGCUGUGAAGCUUCUUCUUGAUCACCAUGCAGAUUUGAAUGCCUUACCAGCACGUCACCAUGGGAAAACAGCUCUCCAAGCUGCAGCAUCGUCGGAAACAGCUUGCAUAGAGACGGUAGAAUUGCUUCUCAAUGCAGGUGCUGCAAUCAACGCAGACCCCGCUCCUCUUGGAGGCAUUAGCGCCCUUCAGGGCGCCGCAAUCAAGGGAUAUUUUCAAAUAGCAAUGUUGCUGAUCGAAAAAGGGGCAAAUGUAAAUGCCCUUCCUGCGAUAAAUAAUGGACGUACGGCAAUUGAAGGGGCUGCAGAGCAUGGGCGAUUGGAUAUGGUACAGAUGCUGCUCAACGCAGGCGCAGUUGGAGAUGUCAUCCGAAAGACUGGCUUCAAGAAGGCUAUUUGUUUGGCCAGGAAGAAUCGCCAUUUUGCUGUCGUCGAUUUACUCGAGUCCCAUUGA